AUCUGCAGUCAUGUUUGUUAAGCUGUGCGGUAUUUUGGCUUUUGCCGUCACCUAUGCCUCCUCCGAUUGCCUUCAAUGCAUCUGCAAGAAAGAGUCAGAGUGUAAACCAGUCGGAUGUAAUGAUGAUGUCGGAUCCCUCUCAUGUGGAUAUUAUCAAAUCAAACUCUCAUACUACAAGGAUUGCGGUCAACCUGGUAAGCGAGCCGGAGAGUCGGUUGAAGCUGCAUGGAGAAGAUGCUCGGAUGAGCUGGACUGUGCUUCUACUUGUGUUCAGAGCUACUACAAUCGCUACAAGAAACAAUGUGCCGGAACUGGACAGGGAGCUUGCGAGAUAAUGGCCCGUAACCAUAAUGGAGGACCAAGAGGGUGUAAGAAGUCGGCAACGUUGGGAUACUGGAAUGGAAUCAAGGGUCUUGGAUGUUCUUAAUUAACAAUUAUCGAUACGAUUUUUACAGAGAUUAUAAAUGAUUCGGAGAAAAA